UCGGUGGCAAGCGGCUCCGCCAAAGUUCGGCGUCGCAAUAUGCUCCUCGUCCAGCGAUGCGUGCGCCUCGCGCCGCGCUCCGCGCGCCUGUUCAGUAGCCCCAUCCAGCGCUACACGGACCUCGUGCAACGGGGCCAGCUGCGCUACGACGGCGCCCAGGUGUUGGUCCUCGAGCACCUGUCGAAGCUCCAGCGCGUGCUGCUCAAGGAGCACAAGGCGCGCGAGAAGGACGCGGCGCUCCAGGAGCGCUACGCGCUCGAGCGCGACGAGGCGGACGACGACGCCGCGGCGCCGCCGGCGCCGCGGCGGCCCCGCGUGCCGCGCGGCGCGUACGUCUUCGGAGAAGUCGGCUCCGGCAAGAGCCUCUGCUGCGACCUCUUCUUCGGCGGGCUGCCGGUGCAACGGAAGCGGCGCGUCCACUUCCACCAGUUCAUGCUCGAGAUCCACGAGCGCAUCCACGCGGCGCGCGAGGCCGGCGACGCGCGGAGUACGCGCGACGUCAUAGCGCGCAUCGGCGCGGAGCUCGCGAAAGAGGCCGAGGUGCUGUGCUUCGACGAGAUGCAGGUCACGGACGUCGCCGACGCCAUGAUCGCCGAGAAGCUCUUCGCGAGCUGCUGGGACGCGGGCAUGAUCCUCGUGGCGACGUCGAAUCGGCCGCCGCGCGAUCUCUACGAGGGCGGCCUGAAUCGCGAGUACUUCCUGCCCUUCGUGGACCGUUUAGAAGACCAGUGCACCGUGCUGGAGGUCGUGAGCGGCACGGACCACCGGCGCCUGCGCAUGUCGUCGGGCGAACAUGCGGCCGUGCGCUACGCGGUGGCGCGAGACGGCGACGGGACGGAGACGGCCGUCGACCUGCUGCGGGGCGUCGCGCCGGAGAUGACCGCUAUCGACGUCGCGCCCGUCGCCGUGGCGCGGUCGCGGUCCGUCGUCCCCGCGGCGCUCUUCCGCGGCGCCGACGGCCGGGAGGCGGCGGCGUUCCGGUUCGACGACCUCUGCGGGUUGGACCGAGGCGCGGCGGACUACGGCGCGAUCGCGGAACGGUUCCCGUUUUUAGCGAUCGCCGACGUGCCCAGGUUCAGCCUGUUGGACCACGACGCGGCGAGACGCUUCAUCACGCUGAUCGACGAGCUCUACGAGCGGCGCGUCGUCGCCGUCGUCGUCGCGAGGGAAGUUCCGGACGCGCUGUUCCCGACGCCCGCGGCCUUCGAGCGCGAGCGCCGCGCGGCCGGCGCGGGCCUGCCGGGCCUGGACCGGCCGUCCGGGCCCGUCGCGGCGACGCCGGCGACCUUCGAAGCGUCGAAGUGGGUCGACGCGACGGACCCGGCGGACGACGACGACGCCGUCGACCGCGCGCUGGAACUCGCGUCCGUGCGCGAGCUCGCGUGGGCGUUCCGCCGCGCCGCGAGCCGGCUGACGGAGAUGGCGUCGCCGGACUGGCCCGGCAGCGCGCGCGUGUCCGAGUCUUAA